ACAGCGCGCUGAUCUACUGAACUGGCAGCGCUUCCCCUACACUAAAACUACAACGGCAGAAUACAGACGUAACUUCUUGACUGUCAGCUCAUGCGAUGAUGGGGGGAUAAUGCAAGUGACGAAAAAACAAAAGAGAAAGUUUAACGAGCAAAACGUGGAGGCUAUUGAGCAAAUGUUAUUUCAUUCCAAAUUUCUAAUCAAAUGUUGAAUUCGUUAUUAUUAAACCUAAAUCUAAUAUUAGUUUCUGAGUGAACUUAAAUCUAAUGUUAGUAAUCGUUGAAACCUAAGCCUAUUCUAUAGUACGAUAACUCCACCCGAUAAUUCUAUGAAUGUUCCGGUAGUUGAUAUAGUUGAUCGAUCAUUAAAUAGUUGGUAAGUUCAGUGAUGGUAUCUAAUUGCGAACAAUCAUAUACAAUUAGUACAACAUGCAAGUGCAAUAGUUAUGAUACAAUGAUCUUUUGUGAACUUCAGGUACCGUCAUGCAACAAAUACCGGCAGGUCAAUCAUACCUGUCUUGCUAGAAGUAUAGUAAACGUGAGUAAAUAAUAGGAGAUAAUUAUUUUGAAUCUUACUAAGCUAUUUAAUUACAAACCAGGAAUUUUGUAAUCCCUCCGAUCUGAAAUAAACUUGGAUUACAAAACCGGAAACUGCUCUACACUGCACGGUAAGCCAACAAAUUACAAAAUUCGUUUAAUCAACGAUGUCAAGCCGUAACACACAGAAAUCGGGUGCGAAUAGUGGAUCCAAAGGCGAUCGAUCGGAUAACGGGAAAGGUGAAGCACCAGCCGGAACUGAAAGUGUGCCAGUGGUUACGAUUACAAUGGCAGGGCUGGGACAGAGUCUCCCAGGAUCGUCCUGUAGAUCUUGUGCAGAACCUGACAACGAUGCUAUGGUGCAAUGCGACUUUUGCCAUGAUUGGCAUCAUUUCUCAUGCGUGGGAGUUACUGAUGAUGUUGAGAAAGUGAGCUGGUGGUGUCCUAAAUGCGCGACUGCAACCGGGGUCCAGCAAACAACUUCAGCAGACGACCAACAACUUCCGUCAACGAGUGGUGCCAACUUGAGCCAUAGCAAGCAACGUAAACCUAGCGGAGAGAAGGGGGUUUCUGCGGAGAUUGGGCAACCAACGUUACGAAUGACCACACGAAGCGCUUCACGAAAGGGAAUUACCACGGCCGUUUUACCACCAGUUGUAGGCGAAACAGCAGUUACAGUUGCGAUUGCGUCUGCGGAGCAGCCGUACGAAGGGGAUGUAAAUCGGCCGAGAGAAGCGCCGGCCGGCACCAUAAGGUCUAGCUCUUCUCAAAGAUCACUGAGAUUGCAGCUCCAGCGACUUGACGAAGAAAAUGCACUCCAGCGGGAAUACAUCCAGAAGAAGUACAGCAUCCUUGAACAAAUGAGCAGCCGCUCGGGAUCAUCGUAUGGUGGAGGUUCCAGUAGGAUCGAGAGUUGGGUGAAAAAGACGAAUACCUUGCUGGAGGAAGGAAAGCUUCAGACAAAAUUCUCCAAUUCGGUGAGGGCCCCGGAAAUUACCGAAGAACCGAGCAUUCCGGGUUCGUCCGUUCAACCACCAAACUCGCCUCGCUACAGUACAAGACCGGGUCCUAGGUGCACUCCCAGCCACGCUAGUCGGCUUCUCAGCAAUGAUAGCAGAUCUUCGACCAGCCUACCGUGUGAGGUCAGAGUUCCCGUCAUCCGUCCGUCGUACUUGUCGAUUCCUCAAGGGACGUCAGUUUAUCCGCCCGCAGAACGCAACAUCUUGCCGUCACCGGUAGCCAUUCCGCAUCAAUACCCGAGCCAGCAUCAAGCACCGAGCAGCCAACAACUCGCUGCUAGACAAGCAAUCUCAAGGGAUUUGCCUCCGUUCUCUGGGCAACCAGAAGAGUGGCCGAUAUUUUUGUCGACCUUCACCAACACCACGGCGAUGUGUGGCUUUACUGAUGAUGAAAACAUUAUCAGGCUCCAGAAAUGCAUGAAGGGCAAGGCGUAUGAGGCGGUAAAAAGUUUGCUCAUGCAUCCGUUCAAUGUACAGCGUGUCAUGGACACACUUCGAAUGCUUUUUGGGCAGCCAGAGGCAAUUGUACAUUCUCUGAUCUCGAAAAUCAACAAUCUGCCGCCGAUGAGGGAAGAUAAGUUCGAGACUAUCGUGGAGUUUGCCGUAAACGUUCGGAACUUCUGCGCGACAGUCGACGCAUGCGGGUUGGAAGAAUAUUUAUACAACAUCUCACUGCUACACCAACUUGUUGCCAAGCUUCCACCGUCUAUAAAGUUGGACUGGGCACGGUACCGUCAAACUCUCCCAGCGGUGAAUCUAGCAGCGUUUGGAAACUGGGUCUACUCGCUAGCUGAAGCUGCAAGCACCAUCGCAACUCCUCCAGCAGGUUUAGACGUAAAGCAAACCCGCAACGAUUCUCGUGGAGGCAAGAAAGGAAAUGCUUUCUUGAAUGCGCAUUCCGAGUCAUCGGGGGUCAACCAUCCGUCGGCACCAGCGAAAUUCGUCGCCGUCACAGGACGGGUGCAUGAAACCUGCCCAAUAUGCAAUGGUGGGUGCAAGGUAGUUGAGAAAUGCAAGCGCUUUCUGGAGCUUUCCAGGGACGCUAGAUGGGCAACAGUUAGGGAAAGUGGACUUUGUCGCAGAUAUCUCCGCAGCCAUAAAGGUGUUUGUAAAGCGAAACCUUGCGGAAAGAAUGGGUGUGAGUUGAAGCAUCAUCAAUUGCUUCACAAUGAGAAACGGGUUACGGUAACAGAAACAUCUAUUGCACCUCAGUCGCCGGCAACGCAGUCUUCUGAUCCCAGGACCACCACCCAUACUCAUGACUGCAACGUUCAUCGUACGAGCUCCAGCUCCGUUCUGUUCCGUUACCUGCCGGUAAUACUCUAUGGGAAGAACCAGUCCGUCGAAACAUACGCGUUUUUCGAUGAAGGAUCGGAACUAACACUCUUAGAUGAGGAGUUGGCGGAAGAGCUACAACUUGAAGGAGGCACGCUACCAUUGUGUCUGCGAUGGACCGGAGGCGCGGAGCGAAACGAAAGAAGCUCUCGGAUCGUGAAUCUGCAAAUCUCUGGAGUACACAGCCAGGACAGAAGGUUCUCUCUCUCGUCCGUCAGGACCGUCAAGGAGCUACUGUUACCACUGCAAACGUUAGACGCUGUCGAGUUGAAGCAACUAUAUCCUCAUCUGCGAGGGCUGCCGAUCCAGUCAUAUCGUGAAGCACGACCACGCAUUCUGAUAGGAAUGAAGCACGUUUCCGUCGGAGUAGUGCUGAAAUGCAAAGAAGGAAAGUUCGAGGACCCUAUCGCUGUCAAGACCCGUAUUGGCUGGACGGUAUGUGGUAAGCUGGAUCGCAGCGCCGAAGAGUCAGCACAGUGCAUGGUUCACGUAUGCACCAACGACCAGGAUUCUGACGAAAAGCUACAUCACGCUAUGAAAGCGUACUUUGCCCUGGAUAGCCUUGGUGUUGCCAAGCCCAUCGGAAAUCUCAUUCUCUCCUCCGAAGACCAACGAGCCAAACAUCUUCUUGAAUCAACGACCAGAUUCCUCGAUAAUCGCUACGAAGUAGGACUACUCUGGAGACACGACAACAUUCGGUUGCCGGACAAUCGAGCGAUGGCCUUGCGUCGGCAUCAGCAACUUCAAAAGCGAAUGGAACGAAACACGGACUUGGCAGAGACUCUCAAUGGGAAAAUUGCCGAAUAUGUUGCCAAAGGGGACCUGAUCUUCUCUGUUCGCUAUUGGCCAUACUUCUACAAUUUCGCCAAGGCCGGAUCGGAUUGUCAGGAGACCUACGUGAAAUGUUCCAUCAGAUUUUGA